AUGUUUGAAGUUGGUGUGUACAUUCUCACGCACUGGUUUUCAACUAAAGCUGAUUGUACGACCUGGGACCACUAUGGGUUGCCAGGUUUUUACGUUGGCCCCAUAUGUAGAUACCAGCAGGGCUGAAGUCCAUUUCACACUAUAUAUCUGCUUUACGCCACAACCACAGCCUACUUCUGUGACGGUGCGUGACGAUAUGGCAAAGCCACAUACCCUACCCCAGCACAGGGAUGGGUGGGGUUCUGCUGUUUUAGUGGUCACUACCCCUACCCCGGAUGAGAACAUUCAGGUUGCUACAGGUGUCUCAGGUUUGUCUAACAAUUGGUUAUUAUUGACCGAACAAGCAGCCAAUACAACCCCCACUAGUUGCGUAGUUUGCAUGGGUGCUAGACCAUUGCUUCGCAUUGUCCCGGCCUCUGUCGAGAUCGGAUGUUUAAUGCCCCUUAUGGACAAAGAUAAUCCGACUGGUAAUUGCUCCUUGUGGGAUGCAGUUUACCCUGUCGUCUCCGCUACGGUCAGGGCACCAGUAUUUUCCUCUGAUGUUGCCAGGGCCGAAUUCUCCUGUAUUAACUUGACAGGGGGUAUACUACAGUUAGGGUUACUCCCUGAGGGUUGGUGUACAAAUAAUAUCGUAGUAGUUGGUGGUUUUAAGCCAGUGGUCAGGGCUGACAUCUGGUGGUGGUGUGGGGGAGCUCGGGUUUUUGACAGAAUUCCCAGUGAUGCUACGGGUACUUGUGCGCUUGUAACACUUCUGUUGCCUAUCUCUGUUUACCCUAUAGGUGUGGGUGAUUUGGUGACCCGGAUACAGGCUGUGGACCCACAGUUUCUGCCUACCAGAACCAAGCGGGCAGCAGCCCUGACUGUCGGGGAUCCCACGUAUAUUGAUGCCAUAGGUGUUCCUAGGGGGGUCCCUGAUGAGUACAAGCUGGUGGACCAGUUCGCCGCAGGUUUUGAAUCAUCUCUCUGCUGGUGGUGCACUGUGAAUAAAAAUGUUGACCGCAUUAACUAUAUACAUUUCGAUGUCCAAAAAUUAGGUAACUGGACUCAACAAGGUUUUGAGGCCGUACAUGGUCAACUGGCUGCCACCUCCCUUAUGGCUUUUCAAAAUCGCAUUGCCGUUGACAUGUUGC